AUGGCCGGAGAGACGACAUACAAGUUCGACCUCGCCGUCGUCGGCAUUGUAGCUGUCAUCACCACCGUGGUGCGCUACAAUGGGCGCAAAUACUUCGAGCGGACCAUGCCUGAAUGGUCCAAGCUCAGGGAGGACAUCAAAAGCCGGCUGGCCGUCGAGGUUGCCGUUAUCCCAUCGCGAAUUGUGCUCUUUUACCUGACUCUGCCAAUCAUGAUUGGAGGCUUCUCGCCCAUGGAGGAGUGGACGAGCCAGGAUACGGCGCGGUCUCUGCUCUCAUGUGCCAUCUUGACUGGCGCCUACAUUGUCGACUUGACCGUGACACGCAACGACAAGGGCGCAACGCUGCAUCACAUGAUGGGGCCGGCGCUGCUGCUCUGGAUCCGGACGAGCUUCUCGUCCUUUUCGCCGUCCGACGCGCUGCUGUGCCGGCUGCUGAUCCAGUUCGUCUUCUUCGGGGCCACCAUCUCGGGGGCGACGACGACGACUCUCGUGUUCCUGUACCAGUUCCGCAAGACGUGGUUCCGGUCGUCAGCAUCCAACGCGUACCUGUACUUCACGCUGUUGCUGCCCGUGCUGGCCGUGACCACCGUGGCCAGCACCUUUUACUGCAGCAUCUACCUCAACGUCUGGUACCCCGAGCUGCUGGCCUACUUUGGCGCCUGGGGCUACUUGCCGCUGGGCUGGGUGCUGCUCGAGUGCGGCAUGCAGUGGAAGUGGCUGAUGUGGUUCUACACCUUUGACGAGUGGUACCGUGCCACCACGGCCGACGAGACCGACGUGCCCAAGGAGGCCAAGGAGCGCAUCGCCGACAUCGCCGACGGCGCCUGGUGGCUGCCUCGCUGGCGCUUUGCUGCCAUCAAGGCCCUCGUGCUUGUGUGGCUCGUCACUGUCGCCGCGCUGGUCUGGCGCAAGGGCGACGUGCACUUCUUGGUGGGGAAGGCAGCUUCCCUGGCCUUGGAGGCGUGGGGCCGCGAUGGCGUCAAUCUUCGGGUUGCAAACGGCUCAGGAACUGAUGCGCACGUGGAGCUGUAA